UAUUUCUCAUGGUUGGUCGAUUAAGGAAGGAGCAUUUCGCUUCGACACUCAACAGAGAAGUUAAAUACAAAUUGGAUGAUUAGGCUAUAGGGGUGUACAUUUGUUGUUUCCGUAGUGCUACCAGUGUGUUGGCUACAGUAAAUAUUAUACCAAAAGUGUCGAAAUGGCCACCGACGAACUUGCUAACAAACUGAAUCGACGGAUUCUCAUCAAUGAAAGUGAGGACGCAGAAAAUGGAACUGUUCCAGCGGUUCAACCAUCACUGCAGGUGUUCAAUCCAUACACAGAAUUUAAAGAGUUUAGCCGAAAGGAAAUACAGGAUUUCCAAAAGACAUUUAAUAAAUAUGAUGUAGGUAAAGAUAAGUUUAUAGAUUUCCAUGAGUUAAAACUGAUGAUGGAGAAGUUAGGUGUACCUCAGACACACCUGUCGUUAAAGGAAAUGAUAAAAGAAGUAGAUGAAGAUCAUGAUAGUAAAAUUAGUUUUAGAGAGUUUUUACUGAUAUUCCGUAAAGCUGCAAGUGGUGAAUUAAGUCAGGAGAGUGGUUUAUUAGACCUGUAUCGUAACGUUCAAGAGAUCGAUGUUGAUGUAGAAGGUGUAGGCGGAGCCAAAAAUUUCUUCCAAGCUAAGAUUGAAGCCCAAACUGCUGAUAAAAAAUUUGAAAAUGAAAUAAAACAAGAACAGGAAGAAAAGAGAAUCAAAGCAGAGGAAGCCAAAGAAAGAAAAAAAGCUUUCAAAGAAAAGGCGAGCGUCUUUAAAAAUGUUGCAUAGUUUGUAAAUUGUUAAUCACACAUCAAACUUCAUACCUUUACCUGUUGUUAUUCAGCCAAAACAUCAAAUAAAUACCAAUUUCUACCUGUCAGUUAUAAUUACAUACCGAUUGACACACCUCAACACCUGAACAUUUCAAAUAUGAAGGUAUAUUCCCCAAGCGUUACUCAUGUUUUUAUUGUUUUACUUAAAGAUACAUUAUGUAAGAUUUAAAAAAGAACUAGCCAUUCUUACUAUAAUAGUUCGAAAAAAGAUAAUGUAAAAUGAAAAUAUUGAA